UCCGUGCAGUGCGGACGUGAGCGCAGCAGGUGCGCGGGGGCCGGGUGGAACCUACAGCAGCAGCGGCAGUGGCUGGCGCAGAGCCGGCGAGCCGAGGCGAGGCGCAGCGCAGCGCAGCGCCCGGGACAGGACACGACCCGGCCAGACGCGCGAGUCCAGCGAGACGUCGGCGCUGACAGCGCAGCCGCUACUGCGACACACCGCUGCGCCAGCUCUGACCCCAGCCACGGUGGCGCUUGCCGCUCGGCGACCGCUGGCGGGCGACGGCGCCCCCAUGGCCGCCUGACGGCCGGCCGCCGCUGAAGGCGCUCCAGCUCCAGCCCCAGCUCCAGCUCAGGCCACGCCGCCGCAGCGACCGCAGGAGCCAGGAGGACCGGGCCGCCAUGGGAGCCGCCUGCCGGCCAAUGGCCGCACUAGCGCUGUUGGUCGCCUCCGCUUCCGCCGUCGCCCACAGCCAGGAAGCGUCCUCUGGCCGCUGCCACGUGGCGCUCGGCAUGGAGGAGGGCCGCAUCCCGGACUCGGCGGUGUCCGCCAGCUCCUCCUAUGAGCCCAAGUCUGUGGGGCCGCAGAACGCCAGGAUCCGGCAGGAGAAGAACGGCGGCGCGUGGUGCCCGAAGGCGCAGAUCAGCAGCGAGGUGCAGGAGUUCCUGGAGGUGGACCUGGGCCGGCCGCACCUCAUCACCGCCACCGAGACGCAGGGCCGCUUCGGCAACGGGCAGGGCCAGGAGUACGCCGAGUCCUUCCACCUGCUCUACUGGAGGGACGCGCUGCAGCGCUGGGCCGUCUACAGAGACUCCGCUGGGCGCAAGGUGCUGGCGGGCAACCGCAACACGUACCUGGCGGUGCGGCAGCAGCUGGAGCUGCCGUUCGUGGCCAGCCGCGUGCGCUUCAUGCCCUACUCCCAGCACACCAGGACCGUCUGCAUGCGGGUCGAGCUCUACGGCUGUCCCUGGACGCAGAGCGUGCUGAGCUACUCGGCGCCGCGCGGCGACCGCUGGUCCCCGGAGCUGCGGCUCGAGGACGUCAGCUACGACGGCGUGGUGGACGGCCGCGGAGUCACCGCCGCCGGCCUGGGGCAGCUCGUCGACGGCCGGCUCGCCAGCGACGGCGGGGGCGGCGCGCAGCCGUGGCGGCCCGACUGGCGGUGGGUGGGCUGGCACAACGAGAGCCGCCGCGGCCAGCCCGUGGAGCUGGAACUCCAGCUGGACGGCGCCAGGGAGCUGACGGCGGCGCGCCUGCACGCCCUCCACCGGCCCGACCACGGCGUCCAGGUGUUCUCCGAGGUGUCGGUGUACCUGAGCCUGGACGGGCGCCACUACCAGGUUGCGCUGACCCGGCGCGUCGCCCCCCCACCCGGCGAGCCGGCCGUCAACGUCAGCAUCUCGCUGCAGCAGCGCGUGGCGCGCUUCCUGCGGCUGCACCUGCGCUUCGCCGACCAGUGGAUGCUGCUCAGCGAAGUCUCGCUUGACUCGGUGGCCGUGCCACGCAACGUGUCGCAGCAGAUGCUGGAGCAGAUGUUCUUCCAGCAGGACAACGCGCUGCAGGAGCCGGAGAGCCAGGACUCGCAGACGGCCGCCGUCGAGACGUCGCACGCCCGCAAGGAGGUCACAAAAGCGACGAGCGCGGCGGGCGCGCAGCAGGCGUACGUGGGGCUGGUGGGGGGUCUGCUGGCGACGGCGCUGCUGCUGGCGCUGGCGGGGGCCGCCGUGCUGGUGGUGCGCCGCGGCCGCCAGAAGGUGGCGCUGCUGGCGGCCAAGCCGUGCGGAGGCUUCGCGGCGGCUGCAGCCGGCGGAGGACUGCCGCGCGCCGCGCCCGGGGGCGGCGUCUCCAUGCGCGGCCUGCAGCUGUCGACGCCGCCGGUGCUGGCGCGCGUGCUGGGGGUGGCCGGCCACGCCAGGGUGGCCGCCGCCGCCCCCGCCGCCCCCGCGCCGCACGCCGCCGUCUGCAGCCUGUACGGCGGCCGCGGCGACGACAGCGCCAGCGGCAGCGGCAGCAACGGCGACGACAGCGAGAACUCGAGCGUCUACCACGAGCCGUACAAGCUGCUCUCCGCACAGCACGAGUACGGCUGCCUGCUCGCGCCCUCCAAGAGCCACGACUUCGCCGACUUCGCGAGCGCGAGCGUCAGCAGCUUCCAGGAGGAGGCGGCGCGCUUCGCGGGGGGCGCCACGCCCCCGCCGCCCCCGCAGCCGGGCCGCGACUCGCCCGCCAGCGGCCAGCCCGAGAACUACUACGCUGCCACGGACAUCGUCAAGGGCGGCCGCUGCGAGCAGCACCUGCGGCCGGGCUGCUUCACGACGCUGCGGCUGCCGGGGGCCGAGCCGCCCGCGGACGGCCUCCACCUGCUGGAGUACCCCAGGCACCGCCUGCGGCUCGUCGAGAAGAUCGGCGAGGGCAGCUUCGGCAUGGUGCUGCUCUGUGAGGCGGACGGAGCGCCAGAGCUCAACGGGCUGACCAGCUCCCACAAGAAGAGGCUGGUGCUGGUUAAGUCCCUGUGGCGGGGCUGCAGCCAGCAAACCAGGGAGGAGUUCCUGCGCGAGUGCAGCUGGCUGUCCAGCCUCCAGGACGGUAACGUGUGCCGCACGCUGGCCGUCUGCUCGGCCGAGGAGCCGCUGUGCGCGCUGCAGGAGCACGGGGACCUGGGGGCGCUGCCCUCCGUGCUGCGCGAGCACACCCCAGACUCCAUCAGCUACGGCUGCCUCAUCUACCUGGCGACGCAGAUCGCGGCUGGCAUGAAGUACCUGGAGGGCCUCAAGCUGGUGCACCGGGACCUGGCCGCCAGGAACUGCGUGGUGGGCGCGGACUUCAGCCUGAAGGUGUCGGACCACGCCAUGUACUGCUCGCGCUACGACCUUGACUACUACCCGAGCGACACGCACACCAAGCUGCCCGUGCGCUGGAUGUCCUGGGAGAGCCUGCUGCUGGGCGAGUACUCGACCAAGAGCGACGUGUGGGCGUUCGGCGUGACGCUGUGGGAGACGCUGACGCUGUGCGCGGUGCAGCCGCUGGCCGAGCUGACGGACCAGCAGGUGGUGGAGAACUGCAGCCGGUGGCAGCUGGACGACGGCCGCCAGCGCUGUCCGGCGCGGCCCGCCGCCUGCCCCCGGGAGCUGUUCGACCUGAUGGCGGAGUGCUGGCGCCGCGACGCCGCGCUGCGCCCGCGCUUCGCCGAGAUCCACCUCUUCCUGCAGCGCAAGAACCUCGGCUACGGGCCGUCGCCGGCGCCCGGCUAGCGCCCGCCCCCGGCGCCGACGCCGCCCCACACGCCGACGCCGCCCCACACGCCCACGCCGCCCCCGCCCGCCUACGAGGCCCGCACCUCGCUGUAGGCGGCCCCCGCUGUGGGGGCGCUCCCCACACGCGGCCACGCCCGCCGGCUGUCCGACGCUGCUCGCCGACUGCUUUCGUACGAGGUCUCCCUGGUCUCCGGUGGCUCGUUGCGGAGUAACGACGUGAUUACGAUUUAUCCGGUUUCUCACCCCAGUUACCUUCGCUUCUGUGAAAAUGUAUCCACAAAGUGAAAAAGCCAGCAGUACGUCAUCACCAAAACUGACAACAUACAACGCAGACCAACAAACCUCAGUCGAAACAUUCUGCUCGGUCUACACGGUCCGUGUGCUUGACAAACUUCACAUCUGCAUCUACACCUACAGAGGACACGCAAAAGAACGUCAACACCUGUACUUACUUGGGAAAGCUUUAUUAGUAAUGGGUCGGACCCUGAUUUGCGCCUAAUACAGCUGCGUUUCUUCUAGGGAUACCGGUACAUAACUGAUGAAGGUUUCUCGGGUCUCCAGCCGGGUGGUAGCGUUGAUAUCUCGCGACGUUUCGGGAAGUGUCGUACUACCCAUCUUCUGGCGAAGUCUUCUGACGUUUCGGGAAGUGUCGUACUACCCAUCUUCUGGCGAAGUCUUCUGACGUUUCGGGAAGUGUCGUACUACCCAUCUUCUGGCGAAGUCUUCUGACGUUUCGGGAAGUGUCGUACUACCCAUCUUCUGGCGAACGUCCCAAAACGUCGCGAGAUAUCAAAGCUACCACCCGGCUUGAGACCCGAGAAACCUUCUUCAAUAGUUUACGCCGGGAAAGCCUACAGCCACCGGUACAUAAUGAUUCUAUAGUGUCGAGACGAAUGUUAUGCCACUCUUCGAUCGGAACCUCUUCUAACUCCUGUAGCGGCGAGGGAGGCGUAAAUCUGCUCCGGAGCCUGCUCUCCAAUACAGGGUUUAAGUUCAAGAACAGGAACUGUGCUGGCCAGGAAAGAUGCUGCAGUUCAGUUGCAUGCUCCUCAUACCACGAUUGUACUAUCCUGGCUGUGUGAGUGGGUGCAUUAUCGUCCUGAAAUAUGGCAUCAUUGUUGGGGAACAUUUUAGUUGUGAGUUGCACCAGAUCACCUAAAAUGUUCACAUAAUCGUUGGCUGUAGCACGGCCUUUGAGAGUAAUGAUGGGACCAGCAGAAUACCGUGAUACAGCUGCCCACACCAUCACACUUCCACCUACGUGAUUAACGUUUGGAAUCAAGCUAUUAGGAUUGCAGGCGUCUUUUCGCGUUCUCCAGACGUAAAUCCACUCUGAUGUAAGAAAUAACGAAAACGUUGACUCGUCGGACCGUAUGACGUGUCACUCCUUUGCGUUAACUAUCGUCACUAUUGGUUUCGGUAUUGAAGCUCGUCCGCGAAUGUUCGCUUUAUGGAGAUCUCAGCGGUCAGCGUCGAUAGGUACGGAGUCUCGAAGGUGGCUAUCGAGCUCUGCAGUCACUUCAUCCCCCUUAGUUUCGCAUUGUUUUGACACAGUUCAUGUUAACGCACGAUCAUCUCUGUCAUUUAGUUUUGAGUUGCUCCCACUAUCCUGUUUACACGAUGAUGUCCUCCACGUUAGUGUAGGCUGUCAUUACUGCUGAAACAGUUGCUUUUGAAACAUUCAAUUUGGCUGCCAUUGUUACCGAUGCUCCAGUUAAUCGGGCCCCCACAAUGCGCCCUCUUUGGAACUCAGUUAGUUUUAAAAAAUGUAUGAGCUCAACCACUUGUUCAUGGUGUGAAACACUAAGAUUGACGCGUUUCGGAAGUCAAGCUUCCGUCAUCAGAAUAAUAAAAAGUAAAAGAAGCUGUUAAAACUCGCUAAAAUGGAACAUGCACCAGGCACAAUAAAACUGAUAAUAAAAUUAAAACAUCGAUUUUAUUGUGCCUGGUGCAUGUUCCAUUUUAGCGAGUUUUAACAGGUUCUUUUACUUUUUAUUAUUCUGAUGAUGGGAGCUUGACUUCCGAAACGCGUCAAUCUUACUGUUUUACACUGUAACAAGUGGUUGAGCCGAUAUAUUUUUUAACAUUGACAUUCACAACCACGACCUCUCAUCCAGUAUGGAUAAAAUCGAACUCUGUUAGGUCUUUCAUUGCACUUUGACCUCGGGCUCUGAAUGUAAAUAUGAAGUGUUCUCUACUUGUAAACAACCUGCACUGAUGCCUAGUUCGUACUGAACACGCAGAGUCCAGAGCGACACGCUGCGUUGUUGACCGACAAACACAACCAUCCCACUACUAGCAAUGUUCACAAUAUUUUGCCUAUCCCCUGUACAUGAGUACUCUGCACAUCACACACAGGUGUUUGGCACAGGGUCCGCUGAACCACCUUCCGGAACGUUCCACUCUCGAAUAGCACGUGGAAAAAACGAAAACUUACGAGUCCACUCUUACGAGUCACUCUAUAAAAUGAGCGAUUUUCUCGUGUCUUUUUUAAAACAAAAUUAGUAGAGCAGUCAAAACUAAUCUUUUUCCACAUUAUUUAUUCAGUCUUGAACAACAUUUUAUAUUUUUUUGUAAGAAAUUCAGUCAUCAUUAGGCCCCCUCAUCGAACGAGUUAAAACUGUUCUAUCCAAAAUCAAGUGUGUGCACGACCCUUGUCCAACAGUCUCCAAAUAUUACCCGGAAUUGAAAAACUAACACUUUUCCUAGUCUACAGGAUAUUGCACUCGAAAUAGUAGCGAUCCAUUCUCAAGCUGACAGAAUGGACUGCGAUCGCACUAAUGAAGAUAUCUUUCUGAAAUUUGGCUGAAUUGUUCUUCGGACACGUCGGCAAGGAGUAAUAGGCAUUUUUUUAUUUUAAUUUAUUCACUAGUUAUUGCAGAAAGCUUGACCAAAAGCACUAGACAUCUUUGUUUCAAACUUCCGCCUUCUAUUUUAUUUUCGAAUUCCAAGAAAAGUGUGCUGCUUUUUUGGCUGUACGGUCCUAUGGGACCAAAAUGCUGAGAUCAUACGUCGUUAGGCUGGCACGCAACUUAAUCUAACUUAAACUAACUUACGCUAAGGACAACACACUCACACAUCACCGAGGGAGGGC